CGCGCCCCGGCGGAGGGCGUGCGCGUGGGCAGCCGUGGGCACCUCGGGACCGUCCGCCCCCGCUUUGUGUCUGCACCUCCACCGGGCUGAGCCCCUCCCGGGCCCUGCGGUCCAGCUUUGGCCAGGGUCGUCUGGGUCUGUGGGGGCGUCGGCCCCUGGUCUCUGCCUCGAUCCUGUGUCCAGAGCAGUGCGUGGGGGACAGGCAACUGGAGCCGCGUUUAAGGCCUGGGGCAGGGUGCUUGGGAGCGUGAAGUGGUUUGAAUGACCCGCUGGCUUAGAGGGUGGCGGCCGAGAAGAGCGGCGGGGAAGGUCAGGUAGGGGAUAGGGGUUGUGUGCACCCCGAGUCUGCGUGUUUUCCGUCAUUCCUGGCGUGCAGGCGUGCACACCUGCGUGAACCACAUGUUCACAGACGUGUGCACAAGUGUGCAUCGGCCUCGCAUGGUGGACAUUUGGCAAACGACAAUGGAGGCAAAGAAACCAGAGUGCGCACCUGCGUGAGGUCCCCUCCUCUUCCAGUGCUUGUGCGGGGCACCCUUGUGAAAUCUGCCCCUCUGUGCGCCUUCCUCGGGGCACCAGGCCUUGCACAGGACGUGUGGAUGAGCUGUGCCACGGGGCUGUGCUUGCUUCUGCAUGUAGCCUGCCGAUGAGUGCGUGCAAGCAUGUGCACACGCCACCUCUCUGUGCCGGUUCACGUACUGUGUUAGCCAUGUCACCAACAGACAGAUCAGCUUGUACACGCUUGUUCCUCCAUUGGGUACACAUGUUGAUGUCUGCCUCUGCAGUCCUUGGACACACAUGUAUGUGUGGUGCUAGUGUGUGCAGGUAUGUUCAUGCAUGAACAUGUUUGCACAUGUGUGCUUGGUCGUGUGUGUGUGUGUGUGCGCGCGCGUGCUGGGUCUCUUGGGAUCUGCUGGCAAGUCAGCCUGUGUAGGGGGGCAUGGGGAGCUUCAGCAUCCUUAGAGCUCUCACCAGAAGGCCUCAGGAGACUUGGAGUGGGAGGCUCAGGGCCAGCCAGGAGAGUGGCCCCCCGGCCCUGGGCAGAGGAACUGGGGCCAUCCUCUGCUCUCCCAUCUUCCGUUGCUGACCUGGGAAAAGGGGUUGAAUAACUUAGGCACUCUACAAUCCUGCGUUGGGGACCCGGGCUGUGGGGAGGCGUGGGCAUGGCCUCCCUGCUGGGGGCUGGGCCCUGGCUGAAGCCCCUACUUUCUCCCUGGCCCCUCCCUCAGAAACCUAAUGGACCUCCUCCAUGCAGACCGCCCUGUGCUGCCCUCGCCCAGUCGGGAGGGGGUGCUGGAACCCACUCACCUCUGAGCCUUCCCUUGUAACCGGGUCUCACGGGAGCCGGUUACAGGAGCCAGUUAUGGGGGCUGUGGGGCCGCAGUAGGUGCCGUAGGGCGGCCGUCCGGCCGUUUGCCGCGGGGGCUGCCCUGGGAAAGUGCCUCACCCCCGUGGGGCAUGGACUGGAGUGGAGAGGGCAACCAUUGACGAGGUGGAGACGGACGUGGUGGAGAUUGAGGCCAAACUGGACAAGCUGGUGAAGUUGUGCAGUGGCAUGGUGGAAGCUGGUAAGGCCUACGUCAGCACCAGCAGGCUGUUCGUGAGCGGCGUCCGUGACCUGUCCCAGCAAUGCCAGGGCGACACCGUCAUCUCGGAAUGCCUGCAGAGGUUCGCUGACAGCCUACAGGAGGUGGUGAACUACCACAUGAUCCUGUUUGACCAGGCCCAGAGGUCCGUGCGGCAGCAGCUCCACAACUUUGUCAAAGAGGAUGUGCGGAAGUUCAAGGAGACAAAGAAGCAGUUUGACAAGGUGCGGGAGGACCUGGAGCUGUCCCUGGUGAGGAACGCCCAGGCCCCGAGGCACCGACCCCACGAGGUGGAGGAAGCCACCGGGGCCCUCACCCUCACCAGGAAGUGCUUCCGCCACCUGGCACUGGACUACGUGCUCCAGAUCAAUGUCCUGCAGGCCAAGAAGAAGUUUGAGAUCCUGGACUCUAUGCUGUCCUUCAUGCAUGCCCAGUCCAGCUUCUUCCAGCAGGGCUACAGCCUCCUGCACCAGCUCGACCCCUACAUGAAAAAGCUCGCGGCCGAGCUGGACCAGCUGGUGAUCGACUCUGCGGUGGAAAAGCGUGAGAUGGAGCGAAAGCACGCAGCCAUCCAGCAGCGGACGCUGCUGCAGGACUUCUCCUACGAUGAGUCGAAAGUGGAGUUUGAUGUGGAUGCACCCAGUGGGGUGGUGAUGGAGGGUUACCUCUUCAAGAGGGCCAGCAACGCUUUCAAGACGUGGAACCGGCGCUGGUUCUCCAUUCAGAACAGCCAGCUAGUCUACCAGAAGAAGCUCAAGGACGCCCUCACCGUGGUGGUGGAUGACCUCCGCCUGUGCUCUGUGAAGCCAUGUGAGGACAUCGAGCGGAGGUUCUGCUUCGAGGUGGUGUCACCCACCAAGAGCUGCAUGCUGCAGGCCGACUCCGAGAAGCUGCGGCAGGCCUGGGUCCAGGCUGUGCAGGCCAGCAUCGCCUCCGCCUACCGCGAGAGCCCUGACAGCUGCUAUAGCGAGAGGCUGGAGCGCACAGCAUCCCCGUCCACGAGCAGCAUCGACUCUGCCACCGACCCUCGGGAGCGUGGCGUGAAGGGUGAGAGUGUGCUGCAGCGUGUGCAGAGCGUGGCCGGCAACAGCCAGUGCGGCGAUUGUGGCCAGUCGGACCCCCGCUGGGCCAGCAUCAACCUGGGCGUGCUGCUCUGCAUCGAGUGCUCUGGCAUCCACAGGAGCCUGGGUGUCCACUGCUCCAAAGUCCGGUCCCUGACGCUGGACUCGUGGGAGCCAGAGCUGCUAAAGCUGAUGUGUGAGCUUGGAAACAGAGCCGUGAAUCAGAUCUAUGAGGCCCAGUGUGAGGGUCCAGGCAGCAGGAAACCCACAGCCAGCAGCCCCCGGCAGGACAAGGAGGCCUGGAUCAAGGACAAAUAUGUGGAAAAGAAAUUUCUGCGGAAGGCACCCAUGGCACCAGCCCUGGAGGCCCCAAGACGCUGGAGGGCACAGAAGUGCCCACGGCCCCACAGCUCUCCCCGCGUCCCCACUGCCCGCCGCAAGGUCCGGCUUGAGCCCGUCCUGCCGUGUGUGGCUGCUCUGUCUUCAGUGGGCACCCUGGAUCGUAAGUUCCGCCGAGACUCCCUCUUCUGCCCCGACGAGCUGGACUCACUCUUUUCCUACUUCGACGCAGGGGCCGCGGGGGCUGGCCCUCGCAGUCUGAGUAGCGACAGUGGCCUUGGGGGCAGCUCGGAUGGCAGCUCGGACGUUCUGGCUUUCGGCUCAGGCUCUGUGGUGGACAGCGUCACUGAGGAGGAGGGUGCGGAGUCCGAGGAGUCCAGCGGUGAGGCAGACGGGGACACUGAGGCCGAGGCCUGGGGCCUGGCAGACGUGCGUGAGCUGCACCCGGGGCUCCUGGCGCACCGCGCGGCGCGUGCCCGCGACCUUCCUGCGCUGGCGGCGGCGCUGGCCCACGGGGCCGAGGUCAACUGGGCGGACGCGGAGGAUGAGGGCAAGACGCCGCUGGUGCAGGCCGUGCUAGGGGGCUCCUUGAUCGUCUGUGAGUUCCUGCUGCAAAACGGAGCGGACGUGAACCAAAGAGACAGCCGGGGCCGGGCACCCCUGCACCACGCCACGCUGCUGGGCCGCACCGGCCAGGUUUGCCUGUUCCUGAAGCGGGGCGCGGACCAGCACGCCCUGGACCAAGAGCAGCGGGACCCGUUGGCCAUCGCAGUGCAGGCGGCCAACGCUGACAUCGUGACGCUGCUCCGUCUGGCGCGCAUGGCGGAAGAGAUGCGCGAGGCCGAGGCUGCCCCGGGUCCCCCGGGUGCCCUGGCGGGCAGCAGCCCCACGGAGCUCCAGUUCCGCAGGUGCAUCCAGGAGUUCAUCAGCCUCCACCUGGAGGAGAGCUAGGGCCGGGCAGGCCGGGCAGCUGCUGCCCCGCCCGGCCCGACGCCCCGCAUGCCCCGAAAUCCCCGGCGCCGCACCCGGCCGCGGCCCUGCCUGUGACCCGGGUCAAUGCCUGGCAGCCCCAGUGCCGGGGCGCCCCGGCCCCGCUCGCCCAGGAGGAGAGCGAGGGCCCCACACUAAGUCUCUUGAAGCCUCACAUUUCCCUGGGGGGUGCUGCGUCAUCGGGUGCCCCUCACCCCACCCGGGGAACUUCUAUCUUCAGGUCACCCCUUUUAAGGGUCCUGGGUUGCUCAUGUCACAAGCCACUCUCAAGGCCCGUGUCACUCUGUCCUCAGGGCCUGUGUCACUUCGUGCCCCACUUCUGCCCAGAACACUGACCUAGCUGGGUCCCUCCUGCACACCCCAGACCCCCUCCCAGGGCAGAAAGGGUGGCCCAUCCAGGGAACCAACGAGUACCUCACUUAGUGACCCCAGCAUCCAGGCUGGUGUCGCGGGUGCUGGGCGGGAGGGGCUCUGGCCUGGGUCCUCAGCCCUGGCUGGACGCGGGCGUCCCAAGGCCACGUGGCUGGCCAUGAAGGUUCCCGUGCCAGACAGCCCCGGCCGCGUCCCAGCCUCCUCUGGAGGCACCUUCUCCCGGUACUCGGCCCAGAGCCUGUGCAUAAAGCCACUUUGCCACUUUGCAGCCCGCAUCUCACGUUCUUUGUAGCAGACCGAGGGGGUUUGCUACAGGCCUCGUCUGACUUUGUCUUGCGUCUUUUCUCUGUGGACUCUUGAGGACGCCUGAGCCCCAGCCCUGCCCCUGGCCAGCUUCACCCUUGGGUCCAGGGGUCCCUCGGUUCAUGUUGCAGGGCCUGCCAAUGCCUUCACGAACCCCUUCCCCGAAGGCGCCCUGCAGAGAGGCGGGGCCUCCCCAGCUCGGCCCCAGGUCAGGCUAAGGCCAGUCACUAUGCAAUGCUGCCCCCGGGAGGCUCCAUGAGGGCACAGUGGGCGCUGGACCCGGCCCCUCAACACUCUUGCCUGCUGCCUGUGACCCUGAAGAACAGAAUUGAUUCUUGCUCCUCUCCCUGUGUGAGCUUGGCCCCACGACCUGCCUCAGGCCCCUGCUGCCGGGUCUUACCCCCACCCCUCGCUUUGAAUAAACCGCUUGCGCCCACUGCCUG